AAGAUGGGGAGAUUAUAAUCUGGAUUUGCUAGACCAAUCACAAAUCGAUAGGAUACAUAAGAAAAUGCAGUAAAGACUGCAAGAGUUGGUACAAGAUUGGGCACUGCAAGACCUAUGACAUAAGGAGGAAGAUAUAUAAGAUUAGGCACAGCUUCAUUAUAAUAGAUUGGAGAUUAAUUCAUUAUGGUUGAUAAAUUAGAUCUAAAAAAAAUGGCUGAUAAACCUGUCAUAUCAAGAAUUUUAUGUGAUUAUUUAAUUUAUGUUGAGCAUAAUCCAAGAAAAGUAAAUAAUUUAAAUUAAUUUAGGCAUUAUAAUUAGCUGCAGAAGCAACUUAAGUAAAUAAUUUUAAGGAUUGGUGGUGGAAGGAACGUUUAGGAAAAGCAUAUUUUAUGUUAGGACUCUAUAGAGAAGCAGAAAAACAAUUUGAAAGUUCUUUAAAAUUGCAAGAGAUGAUUAAAACUUAGUUGCAAUUAGCAAAGUAUUAUAAAUUUAAAUCUAUUAGAGUUUAUCUAAGAAUAGAUUAGCCAAUAACUGCAAUAGAAUUAUAUAAAAAAAAUAGUGAGCGAUAUCCUCAUGAGAUUUCAUAUUUGAUAGGAAUUGCUAGAGUUUAUGAUUAAUUAAAUUAACCUGAAAAAGCCUUACCUUUUUAUUAAAAUACAUUAAUUAAAGAUAAUUGUAAUAUUGAGAGUGUGGCUAGUUUGGGUGCUUAACAUUUUUAUCUAGAUUAACCUGAAACUGCCUUAUAAUUUUAUAAAAGAUUAGUAUUAAUAUUAAAUAUUAAUUAUAGUUAUAAUUGGGACUUUAUACAGCAGAAAUUUGGAAUAAUAUAGGAUUAUGUUGUUUUUAUAGUGGAUAAUAUGAUUUAUUCUAUUCAUGUUUUGAAAGAGCAUUAAGUGUUGCUGAUGAUUAAUAAAGAGCAGAAAUAUGGUAUAACUUAUCACAUGUAAUAAAUAAAUUAAAUUUAGAUAUUUAUUAAUUUAGGUGAUAGUGGAACUGCAUAUUAAUGUCUAAAAAUAUCAUUAUGUUAUGAUCCUCAUCAUGGAGAAGCAUAUAACAAUUUAGCAGUAUGAAAUAAUAAAAUAUAUUUAGGUGGUUCAAUCUAAAAGGAAAGAAUUUGAAAAAGCAAAACUUAAUUUUUAAAAAGCCAUAGAAAGUAAUGAAUUCAUAUAUGAACCUAUCUAUAAUUUAAGUGUAUUGCAUUUCAACCAACAAGAUUAUUCUCAAUGUUAUUUAUUGGUUCAAAAAACACUUAAGUUAUUUCCUGAUCAUUCUGAUUCAUUGGAAUUAAAUGAGAAAGUAUUACAAGUAUUAUAAUAAAUAUGA